AUGUCAACUGCGAAUAAGCUCAAGGUGAACGUCGAGAGCGACAACUUCACCGAAACAAGCCACCGAAGUCCCGUCCGUGCUCUCCCUUCAACAUGGUACAACUCUCCUGAGAUGUAUGAGCUCGAGAAGCGUGCCAUCUUCUCCAAGAAGUGGCUGCUUACUACCCAUCAGAACCGUUUUCCUAAGGCUGGUGAUUGGAUGAAGUUCAACACUACCGGCUACGAGUUCGUCAUUGCCCGUGAUCGAAAGGGAAACCUCAACGCCUUCCAUAACAUCUGCCGUCAUCGCGCUUUUCCUGUCGUUCAAGGUGGACAGCAAGGCAACUCUUCCAUUUUUGCAUGCAAGUACCACGGUUGGUCUUAUGGACUGAGUGGCAACCUCGCCAAGGCACCCAAUUAUGAUCAGCUCGAGAACUUUGACAAGAGCAAGAACGGUCUUUUCAAGAUCCAUCUGAAGGUCGAUGCGUAUGGCUUUGUUUGGGUCAACCUCGACAGCUCUGAGAACCCGGAACCAUGGACUCGAUACUUCGAGGGUAUUGAUCAGCAAGAGCGUCUUGAGAAGGUCAACUGGGAUGACUACACUCUGGACAAUGAAUACAGCAUGGAGGGUGAAUAUAACUGGAAGAUCUUGGCGGACAACUUCAACGAAUGCUAUCACUGUCCCACGACCCAUCCCGAUCUUCCUACCCUUGCAGACCUCGGAAAGACAAAGUGCGACACCGGCGAGGGAUGGAUCAAGCACUCGAGCAUUCAGACUGAAGAGCAGAAGAAGAGCGGAAUGCAACUCGCAAGCACAUACUUCUACCCCAGUGCUUCAGUAGUCGUCCUUCCUCACUUUAUGAUGAUCCAGCGUUUCAUGCCACUUGGACCUACCACCUCUUCUAUGCACUAUCAAAUAUUCCGCAACAAGAACUCAUCCGAAGAGGACUUCCAUAAUAUUGCCGAUCUCUAUGCACGCGUUGUCUCGGAAGAUAAGGACUUGUGUAUUGGCGCCCAGAAGAAUCUCAAUGCAGGCAUCUUCGUUAGUGGAGAGUUGCAUCCACGACUGGAACAUGGUCCACUAUCAUUCCAAGAAUCUCACCGACAGGCAAUUCACGAGCAUGCCAAGCUUGAGAGGGAAGCAGGCAGGCAAAUCUGGCCCGCAAGACAGCAGUUGCCAUCAAAUGAGGCUGCUGAGGCUAACAAGGAGGACGAAGCACUGUGUUCGAGCUUGUCUUGUGGUGGUAUCCAGGAGGUGUUGGCUUGGUAA